AUGGAGUCCAGGGAAAUUUUAAGCCACUCCCGGCAAAGAGGGAGCGAGUCAGAAUUCCUUCCAGGCUCCUCUUCCAAGUCCCCAGCAGCUCCUGGCUGUUCCGGAGAGCCCUUGAAAGGUAUCUCAGUGGGUGGAGAACGCAUGGAGCCAGAGGAGGAGGAUGAGCUGGGCUCAGGACGAGAUGUGGAUUGCAACUCGAAUGCAGACAGUGAAAAAUGGGUGGCUGGAGAUGGUUUGGAAGAACAGGAGUUCUCUAUCAAAGAGGCCAACUUCACCGAGGGGAGUUUGAAGCUGAAGAUUCAGACUACAAAGCGGGCCAAGAAACCCCCCAAAAACUUGGAGAACUAUAUAUGCCCCCCUGAGAUCAAGAUCACCAUAAAGCAGUCUGGGGACCAGAAGGUGUCCCGUGCUGGGAAAAAUAGCAAAGCUAUAAAGGAAGAAGAAAGAAACCACUCCAAAAAGAAGCUCCUCACAGCCAGUGACCUUGCAGCCAGUGACCUCAAAGGAUUUCAGACACAGGCUUACGAGAGGCCCCAGAAGCACUCAGCGCUUCACUAUGACCCAGGCCUCUCACAGGGCUUCACCAGUGACACCUUAAAACCAAAGCACCAGCAAAAAAGCAGCAGCCAGAACCACAUGGACUGGUCCACCAACUCUGACAGUGGACCCGCCACUCAGAAUUGCUUCAUUAGUCCAGAGUCUGGCAGAGACACCGCAAGCACCAGCAAGAUCCCAGCUCUUGAACCCGUGGCUUCCUUUGCAAAGGCCCAGAGUAAGAAAGGCAAUACAGGGAACACCCGGAGUCAGUUGUCCAGCAGCAGCAAAGAUCUUCUCUUGGGGAAUGUGGUACCAUCUCCCAGCAGCCACAGCUCCCCAGCGCCCACUAGCAACUCUGCUGAGUGCAAUGGACUCCAGCCAUUGGGAGAUCAAGAUGGAGGAGGAACAAAGGAGCUCCCAGAAGCACCCACUAUAGGUAGCAAGAAAAAGUCCAAUAAAAAGGAUGUGAUCAGUCAAACCAUACCAAACUCAGAUUUGGAUUGGGUCAAAAGUGCCCAGAAAACAUUUGAAAACACAGAAGGGAAAAGAGAGGGUUACUCUGCAGAGAAUACUCAAGAGGCAUCCCCGAGCCGGCAGAGUAUCAGCACCGGCAGUAAUCCUGAAAAUGAUUCCAGUCAUGUCCGGAUUACUAUCCCCAUAAAGACACCUUCUCUGGAUCCAACCAACCAUAAGAGGAAAAAGAGGCAGUCCAUUAAGGCUGUGGUGGAAAAAAUCAUCCCGGAGAAAGCACUGGCUUCCGGGAUUGCUAUGAGCAGUGAAGUCGUUAGCAGGAUCCUUUCCAACUCGGAGGGAAGCAAGAAAGAGACUCGCGUCCCCAAGUUAGGAAAGAUGGUUGAGAAUGAGUCCCCCUCGGCUGGCCUGGAAACAGGUGGCAAUACUGAGAAAACUGUCCCUGGAGGUGUGUCCAAGCAGAGAAAACCACCCAUGGUUAUGACGUCACCAACACGCACAGAGCACUCUCCGUCUGGAAAGCUGCCUGAAAUCCAGCACCCCAAGUUUGCUGCAAAGAGGAGGUGUAGCAAAGCAAAACCCCCGGCUAUGCUGCGGGAGGCCGUCUUAGCUACCGCUGACAAACUGAUGGUGGAGCCACCGUCUGCUUACCCCAUUACCCCUUCCAGCCCUCUCUACACCAACACCGAUAGUCUGACUGUCAUCACACCAGUUAAAAAGAAGCGGGGACGACCAAAGAAGCAGCCUCUGCUCACGGUGGAGACCAUCCAUGAAGGGACUUCCACUAGCCCGGUUAGUCCUAUCAGCAGAGAGUUUCCUGGCACCAAGAAGCGAAAGAGGCGGCGCAAUCUGGCUAAGUUGGCCCAGUUAGUGCCGGGAGAGGACAAACCUAUGAGUGAGAUGAAAUUUCACAAAAAGGUUGGAAAGCUUGGUGUGUUGGAUAAGAAGACCAUCAAAACGAUCAAUAAGAUGAAGACCCUCAAGAGGAAAAACAUUUUAAAUCAGAUCUUGUCCUGUUCCAGCAGCGUGGCCCUAAAGGCCAAAGCUCCCCCAGAGACCAGUCCUGGGGCAGCAUCAUCGAUUGAAAGCAAAUUGGGCAAGCAGAUUAAUGUCAGCAAGAGAGGGACCAUCUACAUUGGCAAGAAGAGGGGCAGGAAACCAAGAACAGAGCUGCCUCCCCCAUCCGAAGAACCCAAAACAGCCAUCAAGCACCCCAGGCCUGUUUCUAGCCAGCCGGAUGUUCCAGCCGUGCCUUCCAACUUUCAGUCACUUGUGGCUUCUUCACCAGCAGCUAUGCACCCCCUUUCAACACAGUUAGGGGGGUCCAAUGGCAACCUGAGCCCCGCCAGCACUGAAACCAAUUUUUCAGAAUUGAAAACUAUGCCAAACCUCCAGCCCAUCAGUGCUCUUCCAACCAAAACCCAGAAGGGAAUCCAUAGUGGAACCUGGAAGCUCUCUCCACCCAGGCUGAUGGCCAACUCUCCUUCACACCUUUGCGAGAUUAGCUCACUGAAGGAGAUCACCUUGUCUCCUGUGAGUGAGUCCCACAGUGAGGAGACCAUCCCGAGCGACAGUGGCAUCGGGACAGACAACAACAGCACCUCUGACCAAGCAGAGAAGAGUUCAGAGUCCCGACGGAGGUACUCUUUCGACUUCUGUGCCCUGGACAACCCGGAGGCCAUUCCGUCCGACACCAGCACAAAGAACCGGCACGGCCACCGGCAGAAGCAUCUCAUUGUGGACACGUUUCUGGCCCAUGAGAGCCUCAAGAAGCCAAAGCACAAGAGGAAAAGGAAAAGCCUGCAGAACCGCGACGAUCUCCAGUUUCUGGCUGAGCUGGAAGAGCUCAUCACCAAAUUUCAAGUGUUCAGGAUUUCCCACCGGGGCUACACUUUUUACCACGAGAACCCAUACCCCAGCAUCUUUAGGAUCAACUUUGAUCACUAUUACCCGGUGCCAUAUAUCCAGUAUGACCCAUUGCUCUAUCUUCGUAGGACUUCAGAUUUGAAGUCAAAGAAGAAGCGUGGUAGGCCUGCAAAAACCAAUGACACCAUGACAAAGGUGCCUUUUUUACAGGGGUUCAGCUACCCUAUUCCCAGUGGAAGUUACUAUGCACCCUAUGGAAUGCCUUACACAUCAAUGCCUAUGAUGAACCUCGGUUACUACGGUCAGUAUCCAGCUCCUCUGUACCUUUCGCACACGCUUGGAGCAGCGUCCCCCUUCAUGAGGCCAACGGUGCCACCACCUCAGUUCCACACAGGUUCCCAUGUAAAGAUGUCUGGGGCAACAAAACACAAAGCCAAGCACGGAGUACACUUGCAGGGAACGGUAGGCAUAGGCCUCGGUGACAUCCAGCCAUCCCUGAACCCUCCCAAGGUGGGCGGGGCCGCUCUGUCUAGCAGUCGGCUCCACAAGAGGAAACAUAAACACAAGCAUAAGCACAAGGAGGACCGAAUCCUAGGGACCCACGACAAUCUGAGUGGUCUCUUUGCAGGCAAAGCGACAGGCUUCUCCAGCCACCUCCUGAGUGAGCGGCUGAGCAGUGCAGAAAAGGAGCUCCCGUUGGUGAGCGAGAAGACCAAGCAUAAGGAGAGACAGAAGCACCAGCAUGGUGACACCGGCCACAAGGUUUCAAAGAGCAGCUUUGAAGUGGACACCCUGUCCACCCUGUCACUUUCUGAUGCCCAGCAUUGGACACAGGCUAAGGACAAAGGUGACUUGAGCAGCGAGCCCGUGGACUCGUGUGCUAAAAGGUACUCUGGUGGGGACGGCAGUGGCACAAGAGCAGAGAGUCUGGAUGUGUUCAGUGAAAUGAAUCCUUCCGGUGACAAGUGGGAGAGUGACCUGUGUGGGAGCAAGAGGAGGAGCUUCGAAGGCUUUGGGACAUACAGGGAAAAGGACAUCCAAGCCUUCAAGAUGAGCCGCAAGGAGAGAAGUUCCUAUGAAUCCUCCAUGUCUCCAGGGAUGCCAAGUCCCCACUUAAAAGUGGACCAGACAGCAGUGCAUAGUAAGAGCGAGGGCUCAGUAUCCACCAUGAUGGCCAGGAAGAAGCCAACCGCAGUGGACAGCGUUGCGAUUCCUUCAGCCCCGGUGUUAUCUCUCCUGGCUGCGUCUGCAGCUACAACAGAUGUAGCCAGCUCCUCUCUGAAGAAGCGAUUCAAGAGGCGGGAGAUUGAAGCCAUCCAGUGCGAAGUGCGGAAGAUGUGUCAUUACACCAAGCUUUUGUCCACCAAGAAGAAUCUGGACCACGUGAACAAGAUCCUGAAGGCCAAGCGGCUGCAGAGACAAUCAAAGACUGGCAACAACUUCGUCAAGAAGAGGCGAGGCCGGCCUCGGAAGCAGCCCACCCAGUUCGAUGAGGACUCCAGAGACCAAAUGCCCGUGCUGGAAAAGUGCAUCGACCUACCCAGCAAGAGAGGCCAGAAGCCUAGCCUGAGCCCACUUGCGCUGGAGCCGGCUGCGAGCCAGGACGCCGUGAUGGCCACCAUCGAGGCUGUCAUCCACAUGGCACGGGAGGCACCGCCGCUGCCCCCUCCGCCGCCACCACCGCUGCCGCCGCCCCCACCUCCACCCCCACCACCACCACCACUGCCCAAGACCGUGCGGGGCGGGAAGAGGAAACACAGACCACAGCCCCCAGCGCAGCCCGCGCAGCCCCCACCACAACCCCUUCCCCAGGAAGAGGAGGUAAAGGCCAAAAGGUCAAGGAAAUCUCGAGCCAGCGAGAGUGAUGUCCUUCCCUAAGGCAGGCCUGGGCUGCGGGAUCCAGGCAGGGACUGAUGCAGGGGAGGUCAGCAGCCAGGGUGGGGCCGAUGCCCUGCUACAGGGACACCCCGUACCUCUCUUCAGUGGGCAAGCAGGAUGGGCAGAGGGCAGGGUGGAGCCAUGGGAGUUCUUGGGGUAGCAGAGCAAGGGGACAGCCCCCCAAAAGCAGCUGUCUGUGCUAUACAACAAUACCCAACCCAGAGCCACUCGGCCGUGGCUUGAUCCUAGCAGGCUGCAGAAGGAGGAGCAUAAAGCUGGUACUCUCUGAUGGCCACCUGACCCCUGACCCCUGACCCUCACCUCAUCCCAGGUGCACCCUUGAUUCCGAUUUCAUUUGCUGGUCAGAAAAAUAAAAUCAAAUGGGAAACGUCCUCCGCUAGCAAACAUUCCAAGAGGGAGCUAAGCUGCAAGUUUACCAGCUGGCAUGUAAGCCACUUCCACGUAAUUGGCUUUUAUUUCUUUUGGUUUGCAAACUCGGCUAGGCUUUGGGGCACCAACAUUAUCUACAAGUGACCCGAAAGAUGCAUCUUUCCGUUAACAACACAGUUGCUCAAAUGGACUCUUGUGAUCAGAAGGUGGAAUUGGACUGAUAGGCGACCUUAGAUCUGCUCGUGUUCCUGUCUCGUACACUGAUUUUGCAUUGUCCGUUCCUGCUUUUCCUUUGCGUUGUAUUUUCAUGUACUCCCGUUAACUAGCUGCCUUCUAUUUCGUGGUACACAUCUACGCAAUGUGAACUUUCCCCGUGCUGUCCUGGCGCUCUGCCUCAAGGGAACGGCUUUGAAUCCCAAUCAUUGUGAAACGUAACUCAGUACAGAUACAAGCUUUUUAAUAAGUGACUCGGAGCAGCCAAGGGAGAUGUUGACCCAUGCGUCAGCCAGGUUAUUUUUAUACUUAAAACAUACCAGUGACACAUAGGCAGGAUAAAAUGGUUUUAAUACCCCACAGCAAGUGGAAUAACUGAUAAGCCACCAAAUAUCAAAAUCUCACACCCACCAGAAAGAAAACCGUCUAACAAUGCCUUGGUACCUGAUUAUUCUCAUGCAAAGAGCUGGCAUAGGUUGUUGGGGGGAAAAAAACAGACAGACAGUAGAGGUCCAUUAUCUCUUAAUAAUUAUUUCUUAAAACUAAAGGGGAGUAAGUGUUCUUAUCUAAAUAAAAUAAAAAUUAAAGUAUUGAAGGGUGUCACCACUCCAAUUGUAUCAAGCCACCUUGGACAAAGUAUCCAAAUUGUGGUUGCCUUAAUACACUAAAGCAUUGCUGUACAUAAUGUAAUUAUAAACCUAUCAGUCUGCAUGGAUGCAAACUGUGUGUGACAAAUCGUCUUUUAAAUGGUCAAUUUCAACUGUACAUUUCUCAUCCACGUUGUUCUCUAGCCGCUGGUUUAGUGUGGACAGAUAUUCCGUCUAUCAUCCAUUUCCAAAGCCCGAGGAAAACAUGUGAAGGCUCAGAAUGAAUGUGAUUGUAUCCCCCUGCCGCAGGUGUUUUUAAAAGUCCGAUGUGAGCAUUUCAAAUAAGUCUUUUCAAUCUCCUCCCUUACUCCUCCCCUUAACUUCUU